UGUAUAGAUAGAUGUGUACACAUAUCUACGUGGGUAUAUGUCUGUAUAUAUAAAGAGAGAAGAAAAAACAGAGAGCCAUAAAUAAAAAGAAAAAAAAGGGAUAGAAACGACCAAAAGAAGUAAGAGAGAACUUUAUAAGUUUGUGACCCAAAAGAUCUUUCCAUUUUCAUGCACUCCUUUUUUAUUACUUCCUUUCUUCUCAUCAUUUCUAUGUCUAUUUUCUUCCUAUUUGAAUUAAUUUCGUUUGACAAAAAAAAAAGUUUAAUUCAAUUUCAUUUCAUCUAAUUAAGCUCUCCUCUUCUCCAUAAGGAGAUAAAAUCAAAGAUCCUAUUGUUUUUUUCAUUGUCUCUUUUUUUUUCUCUCUAAUUUUGCUAUUAAAUAACAUAAAAAUGGCUGAUAAAAAAAACAUAAAAAUGAUUCAAUAUAUUUACUCAGGAACUCUCUCUAUAUUUCUCCUUCUUCUUCACGCCGCCUACCAAAAAUAUAAACACUCUCUCUAUCCCUUGCACUCUCUUUGCAUUUUUCCUAGAAACUAUUUUCAUCUCUCAUAAUUCUCUCCCUUUUUCUUCUUCUUCUUUAUUAUAUUUCCUCUUGUGAAAACAAAAAUAUUUUCUUUUUCUUGUAUGGUUUUUUAAUCUCUCUUUUGUUUUCCCUUUCUCUCUUUGCGUGUGUGAGAUUUUUUUCCUCCUUCAUCACCUUUUGCCGAUUGGUGAUUUCAUUUGCUUCUUCAACCACACUGCUAAACAAAGCAUUGUCAUCACUCAUCACUGCAGUGAGUUUCAUCUAAACAUAUGGAGAUUUGAUCGGAACACUAAGAUCGGACCUUUUCCUUCUGUUUAAUAUUUUUUAGAAUUUUGGAGUUGGAAGUUUCGACUUUUUCCUCUGUUGAUAUGGAUCAUAGAAGACCAAAUGAGACAGAGUUUGAUGAAUUAGAGAAGCUUCUUGGAGAGAUUCCCAAAGUUACUUCAGGAAACGACUAUAGCUCUUUCCCUAUUUGUUUGAGCUCAGCCAGAUCAUCACCAUUUGAAGAACAGAGUACUCAUCUUCCUAUUGAUCGUGCAUUAACCUCUUCAUUUGCUGAAGGAAACUUAAACUUAAACACUCCAGGGAAUCCCCAACUUAUGUUCUUCCCUUCUUACCACUCUCCAAACACCUCACCUUGUGUAUAUACUGACAAGUUUGAUUCAAGAAAACUCGAUCCACUAAUGCUUAGGAAGCUUCAACAUGUUGGUUACUUUCCUAAUUCUCAGCCUCACCAUCAAGCUUUGGAUCAAUCCAAUAUCAACUGGAGGACUAUCGACGAAGAACAGUACAUGCCUAUGAACUCUCAUCUCCUCUAUCUCUGUAAUAACAAGUACCCUUCAAUGGAUACUUCUCCAAGACAUGAACAUUAUCGUCGCCACUCCAACAGAAACUUGUUUUGUAAUGGAGAAAACGGUGAUGAAAGCAUUGUGAGGAAGAAAAUGUACUAUCCGGAGAAGAUUUUAAUGAGAUCGCCACUCGGUUUAAACACUGCUAAAGUCAUAAAGUACGGUACUGUUGGAGUCAAUGAUGAUCUCGCAAUGAGCCUCAACAAUCUAACGUUACAUCCUCCAAAGUACAACUCUCUUGCAGAGGCAAGAGGGAAGAUAUACUACAUGGCCAAGGACCAGCACGGAUGCCGCUUCCUGCAGAGGAAGUUUGCUGAGGGAGAUGGGAACGAUAUCGAUAUGAUCUUUGAUGAGAUCAUUGACUAUAUCAGUGAGCUUACGGUAGACCCUUUUGGAAACUAUCUAGUUCAGAAGCUGCUCGAAGUAUGCGGCGAAGAUCAGAGGAUGGAGAUUGUUCAUUCCAUAGCUAGAAAGCCAGGACUACUUAUUAAAAUCUCUUGUGACAUGCACGGGACUAGAGUUGUUCAGAAGAUCGUUGAAACGGUUAAGAGACAAGAGGAGAUUGCAAUCAUUGUAUCUGCUUUGAAGCAUGGCGUUGUGACAUUGAUAAAGAAUGUAAACGGUAAUCAUGUAGUUCAACGGUGCUUGCAAUACUUGUUACCUCAAUGCAAGAAGUUUCUUUUUGAAGCUGUGAUGUCUCAUUGCGUUGAGCUUGCAACUGAUCGAUAUGGAUGUUGUGUUCUACAAAAAUGUCUUGCCCAUUUCGAAGGAGAACAAAAGGAACACUUAGUCUCUGAGAUUGCAUCUAAUGCUCUACUCUUCUCACAAGACCCUUUUGGGAACUAUGUUCUUCAAUAUGUAUUUGAUCUUAAGCUUCAAGGGGCAAUCAACGCCAUCCUCGAGCGAUUAGAAGGGAGCUACACCAAGUUAUCAAUGCAGAAAUGUAGCAGCAAUGUAGUUGAGAAGUGUCUGAAACUAGCUGAUGACAAACAUCAAGCUCGAAUCAUCAGUGAGCUCAUAACCUAUGGUUGUCUGGAUCAAGUUAUGUUGGAUCCUUAUGGAAAUUAUGUCAUUCAAGCAGCUCUUAAACGAUCCAAGGGGAGUCUUCAUGGUCUUUUGGUUGAUAACAUUAAACUUCAUAUCUCAUCUCUUCGUACCAAUCCUUACGGUAAAAAGGUCCUCUCUGCACUUAGCAUAAAGAAGUAACUCAGCAGAUUUGUACCAAAUGAUGCUGCUUGUUGUUGGUAAAGUUACCUUGUAAGUGUAAUGUAAUGUAACGUAACGUUUUUGAUUCAAAGAUCCAAAGAGACUAAACAUUCAGAGAAUGCCUUUAACCUAAUCUUAUAAUCAUCUCUGUUAUGAAAUAUCAUAUUAAAAGUUUUUUGUGACGUAUAAAAGAGAAAAUUGAUUAUCAAUGACAUAAACGCUCUAAAAAUCUGAUUUAUAUCCAAGGUUCUUGGGUGAAAGUAACUAGGUUUUCAUUUUCUUUGUGUGGAAUGGUUCCUUGGGAAAGAAGUAACUAGGUUUUUGAAUAAAAAGGAAGUGAUAGAGUCAACACGUUGACACUUUAAAAAGAGCUUAUUAUAUUACAGUUCAAUAUAAUAAAGUGUCAACUGUAAAAUAAUAAAGCUCUCCACAGAUAUAGUCAACGUGUCAGAAUCACAUAGGUUUGAAAAGUCAACAUUGUUGAUAAAACACAGAGUCACAGACGGACAAAUCAAAGAGAUCGACUGUAAGAAAAAAAAACAAAAAUCCAAAAUUGUAGAGAUAAGAGGACGACUUUUCAGAGAGACAUGGUGUUCCGAGGCGACACGGUGAUGUCCGUAGCGCAUCUAUCGGCGGAGAUAUUUCAGCGGUUACGGUGGAUUCCGGCGUCGGAUAGAAUCAGAAGCGGCGAGAUGUUGCAGCUCGUUUGCUGUUUUCCGCUUCAGCAAUUGGGUCGAUUCGUGUUAUGGUUCUGGAAUUAUAUCUGUGUUGCCCCACCAGAACCUGAUGAUGAUUGGGAUGACGAUGAUGAUGAUGAUGAUAAUUCAUCGUCUUCUUCUUCUUCUUUGAUUGUUAAUCAUCAGAAUUACUAUCAUCUUCAUUUAGAGUGACGAAAUGUUCUGACGUUCUGUGAUGGGAGGAUGUUGAUAUAAUCUUGUUCUGUAUUCAAAGAAUCGGUUUUGUUCUAAGAAUGAUUAGUUAGUUAAGCGUGUUUAAUGUGUUUAAUUAUAGCUUUUGAUUGACAUAUAGAUUAUAAUGAAAUUCCAGUUAACUAUGUUUUCGGAUGUAUUGAUCUAGAGGAUGUCUCAAAGUGUUUUAAUCAGGAGAUUUAUGUGUAAACAACUCAUCGAGCAUAACUCUACUAGAGUUUUUUUGGUA